GUCCCAGAGUUUUUACGUCAUCAUUUUGUCAAAGGAAAGCUAACGUUACUGUGCUGUGGCCGCGUAAAGCCAGAGACUGUUAACGUUAGCUAACAAAGUAAAAAUACCGAACUCGUCGUUACAGACCCACUGACGCACAAAUAAAAGGGUACCAAGAUGAGUAGUUCAGAGGAAGUGUCAUGGAUCUCCUGGUUCUGCGGACUGAGGGGCAAUGAGUUCUUCUGUGAAGUGGAUGAAGACUACAUUCAGGAUAAGUUUAACUUGACGGGGCUGAAUGAGCAGGUGCCCCAUUAUCGGCAGGCUCUGGACAUGAUCCUGGACCUAGAACCCGACGAGGAGCUGGAGGAUAACCCAAAUCAGAGUGACCUGAUUGAACAGGCAGCAGAGAUGCUGUAUGGGCUGAUCCACGCACGCUACAUUCUCACAAACCGAGGCAUCGCUCAGAUGUUAGAGAAGUACCAGCAGGGAGAUUUUGGAUACUGUCCUCGAGUUUACUGUGAGAACCAGCCCAUGCUGCCCAUCGGGCUGUCAGAUAUCCCAGGAGAAGCCAUGGUGAAGCUGUAUUGUCCCAAGUGCAUGGAUGUCUACACACCCAAGUCCUCCCGGCACCACCACACUGACGGGGCUUACUUCGGCACGGGCUUCCCUCACAUGCUCUUCAUGGUGCACCCUGAGUAUCGGCCUAAACGGCCCGCCAACCAGUUUGUUCCCAGGCUCUAUGGUUUCAAGAUCCACCCAAUGGCCUAUCAGCUCCAGCUGCAGGCAGCCUCCAGCUUCAAAAGCCCUGUCAAGGCAAUUCGCUAAAGCCUUCAUUAGGAGGGAUUUGGGGAGGGGUGGGCAAGUACUGAGCUAUAUAUUGAUACCUACUUAAAUGGAGGAGAUCAGACUAUAUGACUUGUAGUAGACUGAGAAAGUCAUGUACAGAAAUGAAUGCACACAGACAGACACACACCAAGCAAUUCCUUUUUUGUUUUAAUUAAAUAGAAUCACCUGCGUGUAAGGCAAUGACACAGAAACAGCAUGGUGUAGCGAUUGAAGCCUGUUACACACUGUACAUUAGUUAGCAUAUUUAUUAAUGGUGACUUCAAUGUCUUUCCUGAACGCUUGAGAAUCAAUCCACUAGUUCAGUCUGCUUUUUUUAAGUUUUACCUGCCAUUGAGGGAAAAUUUGAAACAGCUGUAGUUUCAGAAGGCAAGCAGGUAGGUAAGCAUGCAUUAUUUAGUUUAUUUAGCAGGAAGUUUGAAAUGCCAACUAAGAGAAACUCUUUAUAGUAUGUAUAAGAACAAAAGCACAGCUUAGGCUCAGUUGUGCACUGGACAAGAGAGUAGAACAUGUUUUUGGUGCAAACCUCUCCUGCUGCCUUUGGAGUAAGCAUUGUGCAGAUCUUACUGAAAGACAGUCUUGUUUUAGUAAGUGUCAUGUGCUGUAUAUGACUUCAAUUAUACUCUACUGUGUCUGUGCCUCCCCAGCAGAAAGUUGUCCCUGUACACAGUUACACAUCCAAGUGUGUCACUAGUGUACUGCUUUUUCUAGUUGGGUUAUUGAUGUAAUAUAUAUAUCAAGAGGAAAUCAGUUUUGGGUUAUCUUUCUUUUAAUGCAUUGUAGGUUCAUAGUUCAAGUGUAACAUGUAAAUCUGUGUAAUAUUUUUCCCCAGUUUGGAGUGUAGACUGCUAUGUAAGGUUUCAUUUUGUUGUCACUGAUACAUUAGUAUAUUGUUUGUUUUUCCCCAAGUGUGUAAGUGCAA